AUGAGAAUGAAUUUCGGUAAACGUACUUGGUUAGCAAUUGCCAUUUUAUUUUUGUUUACAACUUUCAUUAUGAUGAUUAUUUCAAUUGCCGGUUGUUCAUCGAAUUAUUCCCCAAUUAAUAAUGUUUACAUUUUCAAUGCUGAUAUUAAGAAACUAAAUGUCACUAAGGUUUUACCUCAAUUAUCUCCUCUAUUAUCCUUCAUUGGUACCGCUUUAACAGCUGAAAAUGCUACUGUCGAAAGUGUCUUUGGGGUCUUUGACAGUUUAACCAACACUACUGUUUUCUCUCCAUUAUUGAACAUCUUAGCUGAUACUAACAAUGCUACUGCUACUAUCAAUUCUUUGAAUGUAUUAUCUCCAUUGGCUUUAUCCAACACUACUUCCGCCUUAGUUGGUACUGCAGUUACUCCAAUUGAAACUUUAUUCAAUCUAACUAGUAACGCUACUCAAACUAUUCUGGGCUUAGAAGAAUUGAUCAAUGCUGUUACCUCAACGAACUCAACCACUAAUGCCAAAGAUCAAGCAUUACUUUUAAGUUUAUUAGCUGAUUCUUCAAAUGUCACUGGCUCUACCGCUGCUGUAAUGACGUUAAAUAACUUGACUUUAAUACAAAAAGUCUCAAUCGCUCCCUUAUUAACUUUGAUCAGCAACUCUAGUGAUGUUGCUUCUACUUUAGACCACCUAGCUGUUGUUGCAAACGCUACUUUACCAACUGCUUUAGUUUCAACACUAUUCAGCACCCUAGGUAACAUCACUGAUGUCAGUGCUUUAAACACUACUCUGACUGCUUUAGCUGGCUUGGUCCCAUCUUCUUUGGAAUCUUCCUUCGAAUCUAUUACUGAUAUCAUUACAACAUCAUCUGAUCCAUUAUCUGCCAUUGAUACUUUAUAUUCUUUAUUCAGUCAAAAUAUUACUUCAUCUGACUGGGCUGCCUCGUCUUUAACCGCUUUAACUAAAUUGGUUGAAUAUGGUAAUAACGAUACUGAAGUUCUUUCAACUGUCACCGAAUUAGCUGCUAAUACUGAUACCGCAACUACAACUGCUGAAUUAACCGGUCUAUACAACAUUUUCAGUUCUUCUACUAAUGCUACUGAAACUUUAGAAAUUGUUUCUUCAUUGUCUUCAUUGCUAACCGUUUCAUCUCCAUUGACAACCUACAUUCCAUAUCUAUUCACUUUACUCGGUGUCUCUACUGCUCCAUUAAAUACUAUUUCCAAUUUGAUUGCUAUUAUUGAAUGGGCUGGUCCAAAUGCCUCCCUUUUCACUCCAAUUGUUGAAAUCUUAGAAAGUGUCACAACAUUGGCCCCAGUUACUGAAGCACAAUUGGAAGCCAUGGUUCCAUCCUUAUUAGCUUACUUAGAAGUUCCAACUGACUACAGAUUAGCUCUAAUGUCUAUUUGUCACCAAAUGUCAGAUGGUGAAAUCGUUUCUUGUACCAGACACCACCCAGUUCAAGGUCUAGACUUCAGAACUAUUAUUUACGACGCCCUAGAUGAAUCUAAACUUCAACCAUAUUUAGAUGGUUUAUCAAUUGGUGCUGACGACUUAUACUUACAAGGUAAACUAUUAGAAAAGGAACACGAAUAUGUUCCAGCUAUGAAAGCUGUUUUAGCCAUGUCUAUUCUUUCUUUCAUUUCAUGUUUAUGUGGUAUUACUAUUGCUGUGUUAUUAAUUAGAAAGCCAGUCUCAAGUGUUAAGUGUUGGUUCUCUAUCGUUGCCUUCAUUACCUUUAUUUGUGUUUUCACCGGUUUAGCUGCUGCCAUUACUGCCGCCAUUGUCGGUAUCGUCAAGUCCGGUACUAAGGAAGAUAACUUUGGUGUUAUUAUUACCAACGGUCCUGCAUACUAUGGUUUAGUAUGGACCUCCUUCUCUUUGACUUUCUUAACUGUUUUUAUCUACUUCUUCGAUGGUCUAUACUCUACUGGUUACAUUCACACUUACAGAAACAAAGCUAGAGUUGAUGAAGAAUCUAACGAUGACAAAGAAAACGCUGAAGUUAAUGUUAAAGAGUUAUCUAACAGUAAUGGCGAGGACAGCGAUUCUACUGAAAGUGUUCCUCACGUUUGA